AUGCCCGAGUCCUCCGAUCAGAUGCUGCCGCCGCCGGCACAGACGCCGGCACAUUCCAGUUACACGCGGGGUGGCAACAGGGCCUUUCACAACUAUUAUAACGACUACUCUCACAUCCCAGACGCUAAUUUGCGUCGACGGCUAGCGCUAUCAGACGUUGACAAGGUUCCGUUCGGAACGUGCCAUGUCCGAGCUGUUUUUGUUGCCGGCGCUGGCUUCCUUUUGGAUUCCUAUAGCAUCUUUGCCAUCAACUUUGUGGCUCCUCUGGUGGGCUUGGCAUACUAUAGCCAUGAAGGCAAUGACAGUGGCCGUUUACCUGCGACAAUCAGUGAAGCGCUCAAGGCUUCUACAAGCGCCGGAACUGUAAUAGGAAUGAUUUUGUUUGGGUGGCUUGCCGACAAAUAUGGACGGCGUCGCAUGUACGGCAUCGAACUAGGCAUCGUCCUCUUUACGAUAUUCAGCUGUGCACUCGCUUCCGGGAGCCCUUCUAUGAGCAGCCCGGGUGUAUUGAUCUUUUGGCGCGUCUUAUUGGGCAUCGCAGUUGGAGGCGACUACCCUCUGGCCAGUGUCAUCACUUCCGAAUUCGCGCCGACGAGAUGGCGUGGCGGCUUGAUUGCGGCCGUCUUCUCCAUGCAGGGCCUCGGCCAGCUCAUGGCUGCAGUGGUCAGCCUCAUCACGACUGUCGCAUUUCAAAGCGCCUACGAUGGCAUCGGUCCCAACGGUUCCUGCGAUGCCGCUUGUCGGGUUGCCGCUGACCGCUCUUGGCGAAUCAUUGUCGGUGUUGGCGCCAUCCCGGCAUGCCUCGCCAUGUACUAUAGAAUUACCAUUCCCGAAACUCCUCGCUAUACUUUUGAUGUACAGCACGACGUCGACAGGGCCGACGCCGAUAUCCGCGCCUACGUUUCCAGCACUCGGCCGAAAGACACGGUUUCUACUAGCAACACCCUGCUCCGGCCGGCAACCCUUUCCGUGCCAAAAGCGUCGUGGGCAGACGCGAAAGAAUUCUUCUUGAAGCCGCAUAACAUGCGGGCCAUUGUCGGAACCUCGCUGUCUUGGUUCUUUCUUGAUCUUGCCUUUUACGGACUGGGCUUGAACAAUCAUGUUGUCCUGCAAGCCAUUGGCUACAGCAGCGGCAAAUCGCUGUAUUACAAGCUGCGAAAUCAAGCCCUGGGACUCAUCAUUUUGACCUGCGCGGGCUCAUUACCGGGAUACUGGACGGCCAUGCUGACUGUCGAUACAGUUGGCCGCAAGCCUCUUCAAGUGUUUGGCUUUCUUUUCCUCACAGCUAUCUUUUGCGUACUCGGCUUCGCACUGGACUCUCUCAAUGGGGGCUCAACGCUCGCGCUGUACAUAAUCGGGCAGUUCCUAUUCAACGCCGGUCCCAACACGACGACCUUUAUCUUGCCUGCCGAGUGCUUUCCGACACGGUAUCGGGCCACUGCGCAUGGCAUUUCCGCGGCCAUGGGCAAAAUUGGUGCCAUUGUCGCUCAAGCGAUCAGUAUUCCGCUCCUCAAGCAAGACAGCUCCGACGAAGCGCCUGCAAGUUGUACGGGAAAUCAGUGCUCACCGUCUCUCGACCACCUGCUGCAGCUAUUUGCACUUUUCAUGCUGCUCGGGACCUUGGUCUCGCUGCUCAUUCCCGAAACAAAAGGCAUCACUUUGGAAGAGCUCUCCGGAGAGCCGCACACGAGCUACAACGACGGCUGUAACGGCAGCAUCAAGGCGUUUCGCCCACCGCGAGCGUGGUGGCAUCCCAAAGAGCUCCUCGGCUUCUGCGGCGCGGGCGAGCCCGCCGGUUUCCACCAGCGUUCUGUAUGCUGGGGCGGCGGUCGCCGUGGUAGUCGGCACCAUUCACCUCGUAUCGGCAUCAUGUCGUCGCCGCAAAUGGUCGGUGCCGCUUCCGAGAGGACGACAACGGACAAGACGCGGUCCUCGCAGUGGCGCAUCCUCGGCCACCGCGAUAAGCGCAAGAUGCAUAGCACGUCGGACAGCGAAGAGAUUGCCAUGAUGCGGCGAAGUGCCGGAACGCAGCGGGACGAUGCCUCGGACGAAACGGCCUAUGUACGUGGCAACAACAGUCGGAGUAAUAACGUGGGCGCCGCCACAUUGGCAGCGGGACAUGUUGAUCCGCCGACUUGGGGAGCGGGCUGGGGCCGUAUUGACCGAGGACGAACGGCGCCUUCGUCAGAAUUACAGGACGUAGGGAUGCUGCUACGGAGUUGA